AUGAGUUCAAAGACAUUGAUGAAUAUGUUACUGUUGUUAAUUUUGACAUUGUUGGUUGGUUUGAGUAAUGGUGAAUGUGAAUUCAAAGCAAUCUUUAACUUUGGAGAUUCAAAUUCAGAUACUGGUGGAUUUUUCGCAGCUUUUCCUGCUGAAGCUCCUCCCUUUGGAAUGACUUAUUUCAAGAAGCCAGUUGGUCGGGCUUCGGAUGGCAGACUCGUCAUUGAUUUCUUAGCUCAAGCUAUUGGAAUUCCAUUUUUGAGUCCAUAUCUACAAUCAAUAGGAUCUAAUUUUAAACAUGGAGCCAACUAUGCUACAUUGGCAUCCACUGUGCUUCUUCCUAAUACUUCUUUGUUUGUAUCUGGAAUUAGCCCUUUCUUCCUUGCUAUUCAGUUCAACCAAAUGAAGCAAUUCGUCACCAAAGUUGAAGAAACUGAUCAACAAGGUACGAAACUUCCUUCGGCAGAUAUAUUCGGAAAAUCUCUAUAUACAUUCUAUAUUGGCCAAAAUGAUUUCACUUCAAAGUUAGCAGACAUCGGCACAGGUGGAGUGGAAGAGUUUCUCCCUCAAGUUGUUUCACAAAUUGCUGGAACCAUUAAAGAGCUAUAUAAUCUUGGUGGAAGAACAUUUAUGGUGCUUAAUCUUGCACCAAUUGGGUGCUACCCUUCAUUCUUAGUAGAGCUUCCUCAUAAUAGCACAGACCUUGAUGAAUUUGGAUGCAUGGUUUCUUACAACAAUGCUGUUGUAAACUAUAACAAGAUGUUGAAAGAGUCAUUGAAACAAACCAGAGAAAGUUUAUCAGAUGCUUCUGUCAUUUAUGUGGAUACCUAUACUGUUCUAUUGGAGCUUUUCCAACAUCCUUCUUCUCAUGGACUUGAGUAUGGCACAAAAGCAUGUUGUGGAUAUGGAGGUGGUGAGUACAACUUCAAUCCUAAAGUUUAUUGUGGAAACACUAAAGAGAUAGAUGGGAAAAAAGUGACAGCAAAAGCAUGUCAUGACCCUUACAAUUAUGUGAGUUGGGAUGGGAUACAUACCACAGAAGCUGCAAAUAAGCUUAUAACAUAUGCUAUACUUAAUGGAUCAUAUUCUGAUCCUCCUUUUGCAUUUCAACAACAUUGUGAUCUUCAACCAAUAGGUUGA